AACGAAGACGAACCUCUUCGAGGCUUAGUGCGGCAACGUCCACUUAACCAGCGACAACAAAUCGCAACCAUCCCCCCAGUAGGUCUUCAACAAACAAGUGCAGUUGGAAGUUAAAGCAAACACAUUGAAUAUGGGCAACAUUGGCCACAUAUUUCUAUGGGCGCUAAUAGUGGUGAUUGCCUCAGGGACGGAUCUGAACAGCGAUGAUUCGCUUAAUGAUGUCUUAAGCUACGUCACGCCCACAUUCAAUGGUGAGACAUCUUUGUCAGUGCAAAACAUUGAAAAGAUCGAUGUAAAAUGCGACCAACGAAAUGGAAUGACGGUGGAGGUGGACUUUUUGGAAAACUUUAAUGGAAUCAUUUACAGUCAGGGCUAUUACAAUGAUCCCAAGUGCACCUAUGUGGCAGCCAAUAAUGGAGACACCAAAUUUAUAUUCAAUGUGCCUUAUGACGGCUGCGGCAGUAAGCCCUCCUGCUCGAUAUGCUCUUCAAUCGAGAACGUUCUGAUUAUACAAAAUGAUAAGGAUAUUCAGAAUAGUUGGGAUAUAGCCCGAAAGGUGGCAUGCAGCCGCAGCGAGGAGCAGGAGAAAACGGUCUACUUCAAGCCAUUUGUUGUGGAUAUGCUCGAAGUAGUUUCCGUGGAUACUCCGAGCGGACCAGUGGAAUGCUGGAUGGAAAUUGGCAUUGGAAUUCCACCAAACAUAAAGCCGAUUAGUUCAACACUGAAGCUUGGCACCGACGUAACCUUCACCAUAAAUGUAAAGCAUUCGACUCAAGCAUGGGAUGUCAAUAUACUGAAGUGCUAUGCCUCGGAUGACAUGAACUUUGAGGCAAGAACCACCAAGACAUUACAGCUCUCCGAUAAAAGAGGCUGCACCAUAAAGGAAAAAAUAUUUGGAGAGUGGAAAAGGUUGGAAUCCCAGUCUGGAGCCAGUCUUACCUCCACAUAUUAUAAUACGCUCAAAGCAUUCAAAUUCCCCGAUCGCUCGCAAGUCUAUCUAAAGUGUGAUAUUGAAUUGUGCAAGGGAACUUGUCAAAGAGAUUAUUCGUGCAGCAGUUUAAAGAACAAUAUACCCAUAGAUGUGCGCAAGCCUAGGUGCUACCCCGGCUCAGAAGAUCCUGCUUGUCUUUCAACCACUUCCGAAAGGCCAAGAAUAACAAUAACCACAACCAACGCAAGAUGUUAUUCUGGAUCAACUGAUCCUGAAUGCCAGAAAACUACCUACUUCCCACGGCCAACGACUGAAUCUGCAAUAGAAAUAGAACAACCAGAAUGUUAUCCAGGCUCAACCGAUCCUCGAUGCCCUCAGAGGCCUGCGACCACCAUUAAGCCCAGAUGCUAUCCUGGCUCGCCGGAUCCAGAGUGUCAACCCGCUACUUACUUGCCACCUACAACGAGAAAAACACCAGUAGAUAGACCCAAACCUCGGUGUUUCCCCGGAUCCACCGAUCCUAGAUGCCCCCAGAAACCCGUGAAAACACCGAAGCCACGUUGCUAUCCUGGCUCAUCCGAUCCUGAAUGUGUUUCAUCAACAUACACGCCCGAAACAACAAGAAGAACACCAACUUACACUGCUCCUACUACGACUGGAGCUCCUGUAACCAUAGAAACACCGAAAUGUUUUCCAGGGUCUAACGAUCCUCGAUGCACUCUGGCGCCCGCUACGACAAUUAAACCGCGAUGCUAUCCUGGCUCAUCAGAUCCAGAAUGUCAGCCCGCUACUUACUUGCCACCAACAACGAGAAAAACAGCAGUCGAUAGACCCAAACCUCGGUGCUUCCCAGGUUCCACAGAUCCUCGAUGCCCCCAGGAACCGAAAUCACGUUGCUAUCCUGGCUCGACCGAUGUUGAGUGUCUUUCGUCACCAACAACUAGGAGAACAACAACUUACACGGCUCCCACAACGACUAGACUCCUAUAACUACAGAAACACCGAAAUGUUAUCCAGGGUCUUCCGAUCCUCGAUGCCCUCAGAGGCCCGCGACGACCAUUAAGCCGAGAUGU